AUGACACCAACAUGGAGGUUACGGUUCGUGCUGCUAACCGCCUUGCAGGCUACUGCGUCCUUCGCCUCUCCGGUGGCCGUGCCCGAGGCCCUCCGGGCAAGGGACGACACUCCUCCGCCUAGCAGCGCCAUAACGGCUUCCGCCAAGGUUGUCACGAGCGUUGCUCCGUCCGGCACGGUCCAGAGCCUCGUCAGCAAGAAGGAGCCCUCCACCAGCGGCACCAUCGUGUCCACGCUUGAGACCACAGAGCCUGUGCCUAUUCUGACGAGUGAGAUUCCCUCGCCGACCUCGCUGCUCCCAACGGCGACGACCACCGCGAGUGUCCGCCAAAAGGUGGCGGUCGCAGCCGUCCAGAUGGCGGCCGGGGACAUCUUCUCGGCGCCCAUUGGCACGGACGCCCCUCCGGCCAACAUUGGCAGGAAGGCGGACCAUCCGGUGGCCAGAAAGGGCAUCACGAAGAACGGCCCGAUCGAGACCAACAAGUUCUACGCCAACUUCUUCCUCGGCGAGCAGACAUCGCCCACAUUCCUCCACCCGUACUCAGUCGCCUGGGCGCGCGGCAAGGGGGCCUCGGGAAGCUGGGGGCUGGCAAUCUCCCAUAUCGACGCUAAGCAGAGAGUAUAUGGGCCGGCCAAGCCCGGCACCGGUGCUGCGGCGUACUUCAUCAACCCCAUUGGGAUUCAGUCCGUCGUCCUCUCGGCGAAGGAGCUGGGGUCUGACACGGCGCUGACCACCGAGUCGCCGACGGACCUCUCCGUGCAAGUCAGUCUACGCCCCAACGCACGAUCCGAUGCCGCCAUCCAGUUCCCCCUGGUUCAGGGGUCGGCAUUCAUCACCGGGGUCUACAAUGGGGCGACGCCCAUGAUCCAGACUGGCGUCUUCUUCAGCACCGUCACGCGGAUGACGCAGAGUCCCAAGGCUGGCGUGGUCAAGUACAAGCUGAGCAUGGCCGACGGCACUACGUGGCUCCUGUAUGCACGCCACACCCAAGGCAACGCCCUGGAUCUCCAAGUCGUCAACAACGGCCUUGCGCAGGCCGCGGGGGCGUUCUAUGGCACCAUCCAGGUGGCCAAGGACCCCGGCAACGGGGAAGCGGUGUACGACGCGGCCUGCGGUGCCUAUGCCACCGGCGCGACUCUCUCCGGGACCAUGUCCGGCGCGACGGGCACGUACGGCUUCUCCUUCAAGAAGGCCGGCAUGGCCGACGCCACGCUCGCCAUGUUCGCGCUGCCCCACCACCAGAGCUCGUUCGACGCCGCCACCAAGGGCAAGGUAACGGGCGUGCAGUUGCAGACGACGACCAAGGGGAUAGCAGCCGCCGUGGUCGCCGACUCGUGGACCAUGGUCGAGUCGAACCUGCCGACCAGCGUCGGCUUCCUGCCGUGGUCCCCGCAGGCUGGCAGCUUGGCGGCCCUCUCGGACGCUACCAGGCAGUCUAUCCUGCGCAUCGCCCAGCAGGAGGUGUCGCAGGACAUGCAGGAGCAGUCCAACCUGAACUCGAUGUACUACAGCGGAAAGGCGCUUGCCAAAUUUGCCAGUAUCAUUCUGGCGACGAAGGAGAUGCUGGGCGAUAACACGCUGGCCCAGGGCGGACUGGAGCAGCUGAAGGUGGCGUUUGACCGUUUCGUGCGGAACGCGCAGCAGUACCCACUUGUGUAUGAGAGUGCCUGGGGCGGGGUGGUCUCGUCGGCGACCUAUAACACAGGCGACACCGGGGCGGACUUCGGCAACUCGCUGUACAACGACCACCACUUCCACUACGGCUACUUCAUCUACGCGGCCGCCGUCAUUGGGCAUCUAGACCCUUCGUGGCUCAACGCGGCCAACAACCGGGCCUACAUCGACAUGCUCGUGCGCGACAUCGCCAACCCCAGCGCCCAGGACACAUACUUCCCCGUCUCGCGCAACUUUGACUGGUACCACGGCCACAGCUGGGCCCACGGACUCUACGACACGCUCGAUGGGAAGAACCAGGAAUCCAGCUCCGAGGACACCAUGGCCUCGUACGCCAUCAAGAUGUGGGGUGCCGUCUCGGGCAACGCCAACAUGGAAGCUCGCGGAAACCUCAUGCUCGCCGUCCAAGCGCGCUCGCUGCAGUCGUACUACCUGUACACGACCACGAACCAGGUCCAGCCAUCCAACUUUAUCGGAAACAAGGUGGCGGGGAUUCUGUUCGAGAACAAGGUGGACCACACGACCUUCUUCGGCGCCAACGACGAGUACAUCCAGGGCAUCCACAUGCUGCCGCUGCUGCCGCACACGCCCUUCAUCCGCACGCCGCAGUUCGUGCGCGAGGAGUGGGAGACGUACUUCGGCGACGGCCGCGCGGCCGCCAUAGCGGGCGGCUGGAAGGGCAUCGUCUACGGCAACCUGGCCACGGUCGACCCUCGCGGUGCGUACAGCUUCUUCAGCCAGGCCGGUUUCGAUGCCUCGUGGAUCGAUGGCGGCGCUAGUCUGACGUGGUAUUUGUGUUAUUCUGCUGCACUCGGCGGGCUUUGA